GCGGCAGCGCUCUUCUUCGAGUGCUCUGAGAACACUGCGUGGAUAGUUACACGCAUGGUGAACUGCGCCUGCGCUUUGAAAAGACCUGCGACAGAGAAUAGAAUGGAUCCUCCGGUCUUGGUUCUGCAUUUUCAGACCUGAGAGUAGCCUUGUUAUCUUCUCCACCAAGGCUCGAAAUGGGAAAAGGCUGCAAAGUUGUGGUGUGUGGCCAGGCAGCUGUUGGGAAAACUGCGAUUCUGGAGCAGCUCCUGUACGGAAAUCACACCGUAGGGUCAGAGUCCAAUGAGACGCAGGAGGACGUGUAUGUGGCCUCUGUGGAAACUGACCGAGGUGUCAAGGAACAGCUGAGGCUCUAUGACACCAAGGGACUUAAUGAUGGACAAGACCUCCCUAAGCAUUACUACUCAGUGGCAGAUGGCUUUGUGCUGGUUUACAGUGUUGACAGCUUGGAGUCUUUCAAGAGGGUGGACAUUCUGAAGAAGGAAAUCGAUAAGUCCAGAGAUAAAAAAGAGGUGAUGGUCAUAGUGCUGGGGAAUAAAACAGACCUGCGGGAGCGUCGUCAGGUAGACCUCGAGGGAGCGCAGCAGUGGGCACGAGGCGAGAAGGUGAAGCUGUGGGAGGUGAGCGUCACCGAACGCAGCUCGCUCAUCGAACCCUUCACCCAGCUCACCAGUCGCCUCACGCAGCCUCAGAGCAAGUCUGCCUUCCCUCUGCCUGGGCGUAAAAGCAAAGGGACCCCGUCCAAUGACAUCUGACACACCUACACCUACCUUCCUGCUUCUAAUAAUAAUGUGCUGCAUUCACCUGGACAGGCUUUCAGUUUAGCAAUGGGACUCGUUUAACAAUUUUGGAAAUGCAGCAGAUUGAUUUUUCUCAGUGCUAAAUUGAUGGCCUGCUUCAUGUACAGACGUGGACAAAGGAUGUGGUUAGACAGGAAGUUCAAAAACACACAGGAAGACAGGAAUGAUAAUCCAAUACAGGAAUAUCAAUUUUUUUUUCUUUUAAGUGGUAACUACACGUUGGAAAUAUUUAGUAAGGUCUUUGUAGUAGCCCUGUACCUGCACAGCGAGGCUCUGGCUGAGAGCACAAGACCUCAGGGAGCUGCAUCUGGCUGUUUCAGACAUUUCACCUAUUUCUAUUUAAACAGUUGUUUCUUCCAACUGCAGUUCCUCACAGGCUCAUUGGCCAGCUCCUUACAAUCACGAUAGCCAAUAAGCAUAUCUGGAAAAACACACUUUUCCCUUUCUCUAUACUCUUAGAAUGAACAAAUUUACAACAUUUAAAUAUUCAUUAUGAACUGAAACUCUUGACUCAGACCAUCAUCUGGAAAGUGUUUACUGGUCACAGAGGUCUCCUCCUAUAGACUCAUAUAAAUGGAAGAGUUAUUGCAACCACAGUUAUCAGCCCCUGAAUGUCAUUACAAAUAAUGCAGGUUUCCAUCUUUUAUACCGUCUGUGACUAAAGCCUGAGCUCACUGCCUGCAGGCUGUAGCCGGGGACACUCCACAGAAGUGUAGCCAGCUGACAUGUUUCAAGUUAAACCUGUACAUUGUGGAACCACAUUGUGUGGGUGUGACAUUGUCAGAAAGAUAAUCUACAGAUUACUGUGCAAAAGUCUCGAGCCCCCCCUCUUUUUUUUUUUAAUCUUGUGCGAUUUAUUGUGUAAACAUAAAUGGAAAUACAUUAAAAAGGAGGCAAAAACAGAGUUCUGAUGAGCUUGAAAGUCAGUAUUUGGUAUGACCGCCUUCAUAGAGCUUGUAUCUUUAUAGGCAUUGUGUGUUUACUGUGUUUUUCUAUCCGGGUAUGCUUUUACAGUGUGUUAGGAAUAACUGUCAUCCUGAAAAAUGAAUCCUGUGUCAGGUCUUUGCUGGAUUUUAUUUUCCUAUUUCUUGAGGGCAUGGCUCUUCUUUUUGUCCUGAGCUUGUCCACUUUGCUCAUUCUUUAAGGACACGCUGCACACCAUUCCAAGAUAUGCCAAGUUUUCAAAUAAUAGCUCUUUGGGAAUCACCUUGUUGGUGUAAAAUACUUUUUAUGCCCAUCGAUCUGUGUUACUUUGACAUUUUGAGACAGGCUGCUAGUAACAAAGUGCCUAAGGAUGCGAUUUUAAAUUGGAUCUCUGCUAAGUUGUCUGUCGUGUAGAAACAACGCUUGUUCAUUCCUUGAGUUUGGUGGGUUUUUUUUUUUUAAUGUUUAAGCCACUUAACAAUGAUCAACCAUUCCUCUGAAAAUGAGUGAAAAAAGCAGCCAGAGUCCAAAGAAAGACUUUGAUAGAACUGACUGCAGAACUAUGAUUCAAGACCACUUAAAAGGAUACACGUCUGGCUCCUGGAAGCAAAAUCUAAAGAAAUGAAGGGUGACUCAACUUUUGCACAGUACGGUACACGUGGAUUUAAACACCUUUGAAUAUACUGCUCUAUUGCUCAAAACUGCUCCUGCUUUUGAUGGCAUAAAUGUUGGAUUGGACUGAUCAAUACAUCUGAUCAGUUCAUUAGGUAACAUCUGCUUUACCUAAUAAAGUGGAUAGUCAUGUUAUAGUUAAAUGGACAAAUAUUAGAGGCAUAGGUGUCAGGAGCUUCUUUAGAACAAGCAGACAGUAAAAUGCUGUGUGUGUGUGUGUGUGUGUGUGUGUGUGUGUGUGUGUGUGUGUGUGUGUGUGUGUGUGUGUGUGUGUGUGUGUGUUUGGUUGAUCAUUUUGGAUGGUUAAAAACCGUCUUAGAAAUGUAGCGUGGGCAAACGACGUAGUGCCAAAGAUCUGUGAAACGCAUUUUUGUUUACAGGUAGUUUUACUGUUUGGUCCCCCCCCCACUUCAAAUGUGCAUUACAAGUUAAACAAUAGGUCUUACGUCACUAGAUUACUUGCAUGAAUUACUAGUUGCAGUCAGAUUUCAGCAAUCUAUACCUUUUCUAAAACAGGAAGCUAGUAUUCCCUGUUAAUUCCCAUUCAGUAUGAAUGCAGUGUUCCUUCUUGUCCAGUCUCUAAGUAUGCCCUGGUAGCAAUAAUAUUCAUGGUAUUGCCUUCACUUGUGAUGUAUGAUUUCAUAAUGUUUGGCAUCAGUUGCACUCCAGCGCGUCUCCAGUCUGCUAGUUAAAGCUGUGUUCGUGUGAGCCUUUCUAACAGUAGUCGGUGCUGAGAGGAAAUAUUUUUUUAACUAAUUUAUUUUUGUCACUUUAAUGAUCCACAUUCCUUGACUUCUGAAAAUGAUGAUGGGUGAAAGAUGCUGUCAUUAAAAUGUUUAAAGAUUAAUAAUAUUUAAUGUGCUGCUAGUAGAACAGAGGUGAAAUAUGCUACCACUUUAAUGUACUCUGCGCUGUAACGCUUUUAAGAUGCACUGAAUAAAAUGUAGCCCCUUCAUA